CUUGUUUUUAUUAAUGCUAUUAUACAGGAUUAAAGAGUCUAUUUUGAGAUUUUUGAUGAUCUUUCUUUUUGGUAGUGACCUGAUCUUUUCGUGAAGUUUGUUGUGGAAAUUAAGUUUCUGUAGUGCCUUAUGAGGCUUUUGUUGUUUACGGAACUUUAACUUGUUUAUUAUAAAUAUUGCUGUUGAUGAUUUUCCGGUUACAGAUCCGUAAUUGAUGAACUGAAGCAGAUCAAAGUUGUGAACAUGCGUAACAGGGAAUUAGUGCUGGAUUUAUUGCAGUCUGUUGUGGAGAUAAUUACUUAUGGUGAUAAACAUGAUCCAUCCAUUCUUGAAUGUUUCAUGGAUCGCCAAGUGGUUGCGGAAUUCGUUCGAAUGCUUGAUAUCAGUGAAAAUUCAAGAAUUGAGGCACCGUUACUUCAGUAUCUCAGCAUAAUGAUUCAAAACAUGGAUAAUGAACAUGCAAUUUACUAUUGUUUCAGCAAUGGUUAUAUUAAUAGCAUUAUUUUGCAUCCGUAUGAACUUGAUGGGGGAGACUUGGCCCCAUACUAUAUGUCUUUUCUAAGGGCUGUUAGUGGUAAAAUAAACAGAGACACACUUUGCCUUCUUGUGAAUGUACAUGGGGAUGCUGUAGUUUCCUUUCCCUUGUACACUGAGGCUCUAAGGUUUGCUCAUCAUGAGGAAAAGAUGAUUCAGACAGCAGUACGUACAAUAGCUCUCAACAUCUACAAUGGGCUCAGAUUUAUCUGUUAUCACUUCACUAUAUAUCUUAUCACGUCUUCUUCAAGUCGUUGGGGGAAGAAGCAUGAUUAACAACGUGGCUGGUGUUAUCCUGUAUCAUGUUUUAAACUUAAAUGCGAGAACUCUGAGCGAAGGGAACGCUUCUGAUAGCUCUGGUGUUAUUUCAAUUCCGAGCUGGUGUAUUGUAUUG